UCUUAAAAACGUAAAUAAACAGUAGGGUGGAAAUAGUGGAGCGGAUUCAAGCAGUGGAUUUGAUUGCAAAAACGAAACCGAGAGUGAAGUUGCUGAAGAUGUCUUUCCCAUCCUUCCCGAAAAUGAAGUUUACACCCUUCAUAAGCAGUAUUCAGAAAAUGGCACUCUAUGAAACAAAAGCAAGAAUAUUUUUAGUGGGCUCCAAUAAUACUCAGACAAAGUUUCGUGUGUUAAAAAUUGAUAGAACAGAACCAAAAACUUUGGUCGUAAUCGAUGAUCAUGUCGAGUAUUCUCAUCAAGAAAUUCGGGAUUUGCUAAGCAUGAUAGAUAUGGGAAACAGACCACGGCCCAGAAACAAUCUUGGGUUUUCCAAGACAGUUUCUGCCUUUGGAAUAGUUGGAUUUGUAAAGUUUUUAGAGGGAUACUAUAUUGUACUCAUAACUAAAAGAAGAAGAAUUGCUGUAAUGGGUUACCACACAAUUUACAAAAUUGAAGAUACUACUAUGGUGUACAUUCCAAAUGAAAGUGUUAGAAUUCAUCAUCCAGAUGAAGCGAGAUAUGUUAAGCUGUUCCAAAGUGUAGAUCUUUCAUCAAAUUUCUAUUUUAGUUACAGUUAUGAUCUAUCUCAUACACUGCAGUACAACCUCUCUCCUCCUAAAGAAAUCCGUCCAACAUUCGAGGGCAUUCCACAGGAGAGCGCAUUGACCGAACCUGGGGGUAAUGUCGUCUUGGGAGUUAAAGCACAUCCCAAUUACAAAUUUGUGUGGAAUUCGUUUCUACUAAAACCAGUUGAAAGUGUGUUUCACCCAGAUUGGAUUCUUUUCGUAAUCCACGGCUUUGUGGGUCAAUCAAAUAUAAGCUUGUAUGGCAAGUCGCUGUAUCUCACCUUGAUCGCCCGACGUUCUAACAAAUACGCCGGAACGCGCUUCUUGAAGCGAGGAGCAAACUAUGAGGGGGAUGUAGCCAACGAAGUGGAGACAGAGCAGACGGUCCACGACGCUUCAGUAAGUGGUUUUCAACAAGGUCGGUACACAUCGUACGUGCAACUGCGAGGCUCCGUCCCUACUCACUGGAGUCAGGAUAUUUCAAAAAUGGUUCCUAAACCACCAAUUCUUCUUGAUUUGUCAGACGCGUUUUCGCAAACUGCCGCUGAACAUUUCAAUCAGUUACUUCGUCGUUACGGUUCCCCUGUGAUAGUGUUAAAUCUGGUAAAAAAACGAGAAAAGAAACGCCACGAAGGACUUCUGACAGAAGAGUACUUAAAGGAUGUAACUUAUCUCAACCAAUUUCUCCCGCCAAUGCAUCAAAUUCAGUACAUCGGUUUUGAUAUGGCGCGGCUGAAUAAACUGAAGGAAGCGAAUGUGAUGAGUCGUUUAGCAGAUAUUGCUUCCAUAGCUGUGAGUCGGACUGGAAUCUUUCGCUCAUUCCCACCGCUUCAUGUUCAUCGCUUAUGGCCCACUCAGUCCAAACCCGAAGAGGAAAUGGAAUCAAAGUUCCGUGAUUGCUUUCACCAACUACAGAAUUCUGGUUUGUAUGUUGGCAGACAGACACAUCGGAGGCAGGUGGGGGUCACUCGCGUAAACUGUGUGGACUGUCUUGAUCGUACUAAUACAGCUCAGUUUGCACUGGGUCGCUGCGCUCUUGCAUAUCAGCUGUACGCAUUGGGAGUUGUGGCCACACCCCACGUUGAAUUUGACUCUGAUUGUGUGCGAAUGUUGGAAGAGCUUUACGAAGAUCAUGGAGAUACGCUAGCGCUCCAGUAUGGAGGUUCUCAAUUGGUUCACCGUAUUAAAAGUUAUCGACGCAUCGCUCCGUGGACAUCCCAAGGCAAUGAUAUAAUGCAGUCAUUGAGUCGUUAUUACUCAAAUACCUUUUCAGACGCUGACAAACAAAACGCCAUCAAUCUCUUUCUGGGGGUAUUCAAUCCCCAAGAUUCUCGUAUUCCGAUUUGGGAGCAACAAUCUGACGCGCAUCUUCAUCGAGGCAAUCCCUUCAAUCUAAAGAUGGCAAUGAGCUACACUCAGUGGUGGGAUGCAAACAUGCUUCGCUAUCUUCCGCUCCCUUACGACGAGGUGAUCAAGUCAUGCUCUUCUAUCGUACCCGUGUCACCAUUAGAAGUGAUGGUGGAUGGCUACUAUGAAUUUUACCGGCCAUUCGAAUUCACUGUUGUCUCUGAUCUCUUUGGCGUUACCAUAUCCCAUUCCGUUAGAGAUUUCAUGCCCAAUAACUGCGGGACUGAUUUUUCUCCAUUUGCCGUACGAGUACGUCCCGGCAAGCGACGUGAAGAGUUGAGUUCGAAAAAUGCGCUUGCACUUAGAAACCCAUCAUUGACUGGCCAAAGUUCAACAAGCAGCACAGCCUCUGGAACAAGCACGGAGUCAGAGGAUUCGUCUGACGAUGAAAUUAAGCCGUUUCAGCCUAAAAGCGAGGAGAAAGCAGACAAGAUUCCAGAGAAUAAACCCUCUUUAGAAGGUUUAACGUUUGCUGCCCUUUUACCUUCCAUGAAACAAGUCUACGGUACCGAUAUUCAUCCUCCCCAUAGAAAUGAUAUCGGUAUUUACCGAAAGUACGCAAACAUGGCCAUAUCGUCUUGCAUCCAGCCAGACUUAUCAAGUGGAAAGGCAGCAACCUAUAAGCGAUUGAUGUUAGUACAGCAGAGUGCAUUCACUAUAGACAAUACCCUUCAAGUUACUACUCCGUUUGUGGGAAAAUCCUCCCUCGAUGUCUAUUUCAAUUAUUGCUUUAAAGGCCGAAAAUGCCCUCUUUCCAUUAAUCCAAGUGAUCUGAAUCUUUAUCGGCGCUACGCUUCAGGAAAAACAUAGUUAUGUAUGCAAUAUGAGGCGUCAUCUCUGAAAACUGUACAAGUAAAACAUAAUAAAAUGAGUGUGAAAAGUC